AUGUCUUUCCUUCCAUCUUUAUUAGUCCCCCGCCCCGCCGGGGAUAUCUCAGACUUUCAUAACUCUUCCUACAACACCGAUCUUUCGUCUGUCCUUUUAAUUUCAUACUAUUUCCAAUCUUUCUUUUCAGUUCUUUCACAUACCUUUCUCGGAGCUUUCCGUCAUUUUAGACUCUCCUAUCUUAGUUCUUUUUUUCACUUCCCACAACAAUUCCUUUUUUCUCUUUUUCUUUUUCGCAGUUUUGAAUCCCCAUCUUGGAUUUUUAUCUCUUUCUUCCGACGCCUCCAUCACAAUUUUCAUUCGUUUUAUGCUUUCUUUUUCGCAGUCUUGAAAGUCCCCCAUCUUGGAUCUUUAUCUCUUUCUUCCUACGCCUCCACCACAACUUUCAUUCCUUUUAUUCUCUUUCUUUUCGCAGUCUUGAAAGUCCCCCAUCUUGGAUCUUUAUCUCUUUCUUCCUACGCCUCCACCACAACUUUCAUUCCUUUUUAUUCUCUUUCUUUUCGCAUCCCCAUCUUGGAUCUUUAUCUCUUUCUUCCUACGCCUCCACCACAACUUUCAUUCCUUUUAUUCUCUUUCUUUUCGCAGUCUUUCAAAGUCCCCAUCUUGGAUCUUUAUCUCUUUCUUCCUACGCCUCCACCACAACUUUCAUUCCUUUUAUUCUCUUUCUUUUUCGCAGUCUUGAAAGUCCCCCAUCUUGGAUCUUUAUCUCUUUCUUCCUACGCCUCCACCACAACUUUCCUUCCUUUUAUUCUCUUUCUUUUUCGCAGUCUUGAAAGUCCCCCAUCUUGGAUCUUUAUCUCUUUCUUCCUACGCCUCCACCACAACUUUCAUUCCUUUUAUUCUCUUUCUUUUUUCGCUUUCUUUUUCCCCAUCUUGGAUCUUUAUCUCUUUCUUCCUACGCCUCCACCACAACUUUCAUUCCUUUUAUUCUCUUUCUUUUUCGCAGUCUUGAAAGUCCCCAUCUUGGAUCUUUAUCUCUUUCUUCCUACGCCUCCCCCACAACUUUCAUUCCUUUUAUUCUCUUUCUUUUUCGCAGUCUUGAAAGUCCCCCAUCUUGGAUCUUUAUCUCUUUCUUCCUACGCCUCCACCACAACUUUCAUUCCUUUUAUUCUCUUUCUUUUUCGCAUCUUGAAAGUCCCCCAUCUUGGAUCUUUAUCUCUUUCUUCCUACGCCUCCACCACAACUUUCAUUCCUUUUAUUCUCUUUCUUUUUCGCAUCUUGAAAGUCCCCAUCUUGGAUCUUUUAUCUCUUUUUCUUCCUACGCCUCCACCCACAACUUUCAUUCCUUUUAUUCUCUUUCUUUUUCGCAGUCUUGAAAGUCCCCAUCUUGGAUCUUUAUCUCUUUCUUCCUACGCCUCCACCACUUUUCAUUCCUUUUAUUCUCUUUCUUUUCGCAGUCUUGAAAGUCCCCCAUCUUGGAUCUUUAUCUCUUUCUUCCCUACCCCACCCCGUCCUCAACUUUCAUUCCUUUUAUUCUCUUUCUUUUUUUCAGUCUUUCCCCCCAUCUUGGAUCUUUCUCUCUUUCUUCCUUUUCCACCACAACUUUCAUUUUUUUUAUUCUCUUUCUUUUUCGCAGUCUUGAAAGUCCCCUUUCUUGGAUCUUUAUCUCUUUCUUCCUUUCCUCCCACCUUUUUCAUUCCUUUUAUUCUCUUUCUUUUCGCAGUCUUGAAAGUCCCCCCAUCUUUCCUCUUUAUUCAUUUUUCUUCCUACGCCUCCACCACAACUUUCUUUCCUUUUCUUCUCUUUCUCUUUUCCUUAUUCUCAGUCUUUUGUCCCCAUCUUGGAUCUUUUUAUCUCUUUCUUCCUACGCCUCCUUCACAACUUUCUUUCCUUUUAUUCUCUUUCUUUUCUUUCCUUGAAAGUCCCCAUCUUGGAUCUUUAUUCUCUUUCUUCCUACGCCUUUUCCACAUCCCUUUCAUUUUCUUUUUUCUUCUUUCUUUUUCCCUCUUUCUUGAAAGUCCCCCAUCUUGGAUCUUUUUCUCUUUCUUCCUACGCCUCCACCACAACUUUCUCUUCCUUUUAUUCUCUUUCUUUUUCCCAGUUCUUUUCAAAGUCCCCCUUCAUCUUUUCUCUUUCCUACGCCUUCUUUUUCAUUCCUUUUUUCCUUUCUUUUCUUUCUUCCUUUUUCCCCCAUCUUUCUUUUUCUCUUUCUUUCCCUUUUUCCCCAUCCUUUUCAUUCUUUUUUUUCUCUUUCUUCCUUUUUUUCUUUUUUCCCCAUCUUGGAUUUCUCUCUUUCUUCCUAUUCUUUUUCAACUUUCUUUUUUAUUCCUUUUCUCUUCAACCAUCUUUCUUCCUUUUUCUCUUUCUUCCUCCUACAUUCCUUUUCUUUUUCAUUCCUUUUAUUCUCUUUCUUUUCCUUUCUUUUCCCCAUCUUGGAUCUUUCUCUUUCUUCCUUUUCCCCAACUUUCAUUCCUUUUAUUCUCUUUCUUUUUCGCAGUCUUGAAAGUCCCCCAUCUUGGAUCUUUAUCUCUUUCUUCCUACGCCUCCACCACAACUUUCAUUCCUUUUAUUCUCUUUUUUUUUCGCAGUCUUGAAAGUCCCCAUCUUUUCCUCUUUAUCUCUUUCUUCCCUACGCCUCCACCACAACUUUCAUUCCUUUUUUCUUUUUUUUCUUUCCCCAUCUUGGAUCUUUUCUCUUUCCUCUCCCCAUCUUGGAUUCUUUUUUCUCUUUUUUCCUACGCUUUUCUCUUUCAACUUUCAUUCCUUUAUUCUCUUUCUUUCUUUCUUUCCUUAUCCCCAUCUUUCUCUUUUAUUUUUUCCCUACGCCUCCCCCCUUUUUUCAUUCCUUUUAUUCUUUUUCCUUUUUCAUUUUCUUCUCUUUCCCCAUCUUUUCUUUAUCUCUUUCUUCCUACGCCUCCCUUUCCUUUCAUUCCUUUUUAUUCUCUUUCUUUUUCCAGUCUUGAAAGUCCCCAUCUUUUCAUCUUUCCUCCUCUUUCUUCCUUUUACUUUUCCACCACAAAAGUCCCCAUCAUUCCUUUUUUCUCUUUCUUUUCGCUUUCUUUAUUCUCCCCAUCUUUUCUCUUAUCCCCAUCUUCAUUUUUCCUUUUCCUUAUCCUUUUCUUUCCCUUUUAUUCUCUUUCUUUUUCAUUCUCCUUUCCUUAUUCUCCCAUCUUUCCUCUUUCUCUCUUUCUUCCUACGCCUCCCCACCUUUUUCAUUCCUUUUUAUUCUCUUUCUUUUUUUUCUUUUCUCUUUUUCCAUCUUGGAUCUUUUCUCUUUUCUUCCUUAUUCUCCCCACAACUUUCAUUCCUUUUCUUCUUUUCUUUUCGCAGUCUUUUUCCCCCAUUUGGAUCUUUAUCUCUUUCUUCCUACGCCUCCUUACAACUUUCUCUCCUUUUAUUCUUUUUCUUUUUCGCAUCUUUCCUUCCCCAUCUUUUUCUUUAUUCUUUUUCCUUUUUCCUCUUUCUUUCUUCCUUUUAUUCUCUUUCUUUUCGCAGUCUUUGUCCCCCAUCUUUUAUUAUCCUUUUUCCUUCAACGCCUUUUUCCUUUUCUUCCUUUUAUUCUCUUUCAUUUUCUCUCUUUUAAGUCCCCAUUCUUUAUUCUUUCUUUACGCCUCUCUUUCUUCCUUUUCUCCUUUUUCUUUCUUAAAGUCCCCAUCUUUUCAUUUCUUUUCCUACGCCUCCUACUUCAUUUUUUUUUUCUCGCUUUUUGAAAGUCCCCAUCUUGGAUCUUUUUCUCUUUUUCCUUACGCCACCCCACAACUUUCUUUUUUCCUUUUUUUUCUCUUUCUUUUUCCCGCAGUUUCUUCCUUUUCCCCCAUCUUGGAUUUUCUCUCUUUUUUCCUACCAUUCUUUACCUUUUCCUUAUCCUCUUUUUCUUCUUUCUUUCUUUCUUUUCGCUUUCUUGAAAGUCCCCAUUCUUUUCUCUUUAUCUCUUUCUUCCUACGCCUCCCCUUUCUUUCAUUUCCUCUUUUUUUUCUCUUUCUUUUCAAUCUCUUCUUCCUUCCCCCUCUCUUGGAUCUUUAUCUCUUUCUUCCUCUUUUUUUAUUUUUCAUUCCUUUUUUUCUCCUUUCUUUUCUCAGUCUUCUCUUCUUUUCCCAUUUUCUCCUUUUCCUUCUUCCUUUCCUUUUUCCCUUUUCAUUCCUUUUUUUCUCUUUCUUUUCCUUCUUUUCUUGA